AUGGCGGCGGUGAAUAAAGCGAUUUCUGAACGUCGUUUCAAACAAGUUCGCUUUUUGAUCGAUCUGGGAGCAAAUUUGAAUUUGAAAGACAGAGAAGGAAAAACUGCUUUAAUCCAACUGUGCUUUCUUGAGCCAGAGUCCUUGGCUGCGGCGAUCGCUGUGCGUUUGUUAAAAGCAGGAGCAAAAAUUGAUAUAAAGGAUAACGAAGGGUUAUCAGCAUUUUCCACCGCAGUGAAAAGACAGAAAGAAAGUUUGGUUGCAUUAUUUUUGGAGGAGACCGGAAAUUUUGAUAUCAAUUCCAGAGACAAGAAAGGAAACACCGCGCUAUUUUAUGCAGCAAACGUUGGAAAUUUGAAGAUCUUGAGUGCGAUUGUUUUAGCCCUUCAGAAGUUUCAACUAAGUGUGAACGUGGCAAAUACUGAAGGAAUUACACCACUAAUGCAAGCGUGUAUGAACGGAGAUGUCAUCGUAGCAAAGUAUCUCAUAACAGAGGGUAAAGCCUGUAUAAAUAGCAGAGACUGGAAUUAUAAAAGAACAGCCCUGGAUUGGGCCAAAACGAGGGGAAUACAGGAAAGUAUUUUACUGGUAAAUAACAAUUCCGACUUUGAUGGUCUGGGUAAGAGUACCAUACGUGGAACACUCGUAGAAGAUAACGUCCAACAGAAACCAGGUCAAAUUUUUGGCUCGAAACCUUGUGAAAAAGAUCUUGGUCGCACAAAGGGGCAAACAACGUACAAAGAUCAACUUCGACAAGUAUAUCAAGUUUACGAAUGGCAACUAACAGCUUCCUUCAAACUCCGGAAAAAACCGAAGUCAAUCGAUAUCAUAGCAUCGAACUCAACCGACGAACAGAGAAAUGGUAAUACAAGAACGAGAAAGAACACUGAUUUAUCAAAGAGUCGGAAUUUUCUCAGAGGAGGUGCCACUGCAAAACUUCUAAAGCGCAGUUCUUUAAUGGCUGACAAGAACGUUCCUCAUCCAUUUCCGUUUCCGAAUUUCCAACGUUCCCUAUCUUUCACGGAUCUUACGAAACUUGAUAAGGCGGAAAGGCGAAUUGAUUCGCCAACUCUUCCGAGGAUUCGUUCGGCUCAUUCGAAGCGUUCGGGAAAAGUUCGGCAAGAAUCUCCAGAAGUAGAAACCCGCUCGUCAUCACCAACGAUUGCUACUGUAUUUGAAGAGAAUGAACCUGACUCCUAAACUAGCAUCGGUCUCGUAUUGCAAUAAAUGCAAAAAAAUAUUAAUUUACCUCAACUGGUAUUCCCCUAUUUCAAAAUCAAGUCUUUAAGGUUGACUAAUGUUAAUGAAGCGUUUUGUUGUCGUUGCGAAAGGGAAGGCACACCCGUUUCUUCAUUACGUCGUUCUGAAAGGCCAAAACAAUAAUUUGCGGAGGUGUUUUGUGAAGCUUUUAAAGAAUGUCAAACACAAUAGUGCUGCCGUCUGGCACUAAAACAUUCUUUUAAUGUUUCCUUCGACAUUAUCUGUUCUUUGCUAGUCAGAAAAAUGUUCGCUAUUAGGACGAUUACCCGAGAUUAUAGUCUAUACAUUCACUCCGAGCAAGGUGUUUACACUUUUGAA